AUGGGGAGUCACCGUAAAGCAGCAGAGUACUUUCUUAAAGGUACAGGCCAUAGUAACAUUAGCACUGCACUGUGCCAGCAGCGAGGCAUCAUUAGUAACGCAGGAACUCCUGAGGAUGCUGCUAGCACACGCUGUAAAACCGAGCGCGCCGAUGAGAGAACUGCUUUAUACUGCUCGAGUGUUGAAUCUGCCAAGAGACCAGUCAGAAAACCCCAAUGUUUACCUGAAGCUUCAUAUUUAAUUCGAUUCAGCUUAACGGCAUCUUUAAUUAGAUCCUGGCUAGCAGAUCGAUACUACCCACCAUAUGCGCAAAUGACAAGUGAGGCCCAAGAUACAAAGAGAGUUCCCACACUAACAGAUGAAGAUGGGAUAAUACAAGGAACAAUUUUUCCUGCUCCAAAUUUUAACCCUAUUUCGGAUGCCCAAUUGCUAGGAGGAGCCCUACAAGGAAUUAGUUGUGAAAAAGACGUGUUGAUUGAUAUCCUAACGCAGCGUUGCAAUUCACAACGACUUAUGAUUGCAGAGGCAUACAGAGACAUGUAUGGCAGGGAUUUGAUAACAGACCUAAAAGACAAUCUCUCUCAUCACUUCAAAGAAGUCAUGGUUGGCCUGAUGUAUCCACCUGCUUCCUAUGAUGCUCAUGAGCUCUGGCAUGCCUUGAAGGGAGUAGACACGGAAGAAAAAUGUCUAAUUGAUAUAUUGGCCUCAAGAUCAAAUAUGGAGAUCUUCCAGAUGAAAGAAGCCUACUUGAUGCACUAUAAUAAUGAUCUUCAACAAGAUAUUGAUUCUGAGACUUCAGGUCACUUCAGAGAUACGCUUAUGAACCUUGCUCAGGGAACAAGAAUGGAAGGAUAUGCAGAUCCUUCUACAGCUGCUCAGGAUGCGAUGAUCCUGUGGGAAGCAUGUCAGCAGAAAACAGGAGAACACAAAAACAUGCUGCAACUGAUUCUCUGCAACAGGAGUUACCAGCAGUUGUGGAUGGUUUUUCAGGAGUUCCAAAAUAUCUCUGGGCAAGACAUAGUAGAUGCCAUUAAUGAAUGCUAUGAUGGAUACUUUCAAGAAUUACUGGUUGCGAUAGUUCUCUGUGUUCGGGACAAGCCUUCCUAUUUUGCCUAUAGACUUUACAGUGCAAUACAUGAUUUUGGGUUUCAUAACAAAACAGUUAUAAGGAUUCUUAUUGCUAGAAGUGAAAUUGACCUGAUGACUAUAAGACAACGAUACAAAGAGAGAUACGGGAAAUCGCUUUUUCAUGAUAUUAAACAUUUUGCUUCCGGGCAUUAUGAGAGUGCCUUACUUGCCAUCUGUGCUGGUGAUGCUGAAGAAUAUUAA